UUCGCGAUUGGUCGCGUUUUUUUUUCUCUAUUCGACCAUUUCUUACACCCCUCUAAUCAGUGGAGGGUCUCUUGACAGUUGCUAAAAUUUCGUCCUUUAACCCUCUUGUGAUUUUUUUUCUGUAUGAAUACGUGUGGCCACCACCAUCAAGUGGGGCACUUGACAAAACUCAACAAAGUGGAUUCUCGAUGAGGGGAUGAAACAAUCUUAUCCUCAUAAUAACAAGUGUGACAAUCGAAUCACUCGAGUCAAGCGGGUGCCAAUUGAAGUGAUCAAUCAAUGCCCGUAAAAGGAUUAUCAGUGUUAUGAUCAAUCUUAAGGAGUGAACUAAAGUGUUACACAACGAAUAACCCCUGAAAAUAUGCUACAACAGAGCUAUUACGAUGUGUUGAUGCCAAUACAACAACAACAGCAGCUUCAUUGUUUGGACGUAGCAUCCGGUUCCGGCGGAAGUGCCGCAGCAAGUGCCAGUGAAUCGAACAAUAGUAGUACACCGUUUUCGGUCAAGGAUAUUCUUAACAUGGUGGAUCAAUCAAACGCGACGGUGGCAGCAGAAGCGGAUUAUCUUGGAUGUACCAUGGAGAGCUCACCAUCAACCCAUCUCAGCAUCGCCUACUCAGGAUACUCGGAGAAUGCUUAUCCUUCCACUCCCAGCGAUCCUUACCAGAUGAUACCACACGGAUACCUUCCAGCGACAGCCCAUCACUAUCACCAUGACUACUCGAACUUCUCGAGUCCAACCUCAUCCGUCGGAGCUUGCUAUGAUUAUCCGGGCUCGGCACCACCCCCUCAUUAUCAUCACCAUCAUCAUCACCACCCACUCCCUCACAGUCUACCGCCCUACGGUGCAACCUAUCAGCAACAACAGCAGCACUAUCACCACCAUCAACAACACUCCCCCAAUCAGCUGCUGAACCCAACGACGAUCCCAAAUGUGGAAUCCUCCAGCUCGGAGCUCGAGAUGUCCUUGGGGGUCGUGGUCGAUACCAAGGAAUGUACCUUCCACAUUGAAGAAGUCCGCUCCACCAGUCUGGAAGCGAUGCAGCAACUGAGCAAUGGGCAUCUGAGUCCCCGAGGAACCACUGAUUCCGGUGAGGUUUCCACCGAUGACGUCACCGGAAACGUACCUUCGAGUGGUUCCGGUGUAAAACAAAAAAGUGCUGAAGUGGGGGAACCUUCGUUCAGCAGCAGUUCGCACCGGCGGGUGACCUCCGAACAUGUCCAGGAACUCGAUAGCCUAUGCCAGAUGAACACCAGCAGCGAGGAGGAAAUGUUACAAAAGGAAUGCAACACCCAGUUGGUGACGUCGAGUCGUUGCGAGUUACGCAAGAACGGCAAACUCCGGGCCAAACGGAAACCCCGGAUCCUAUUUUCCCAGGGUCAGGUGCUGGAGCUGGAGCGAAGAUUCCGACAGCAGCGCUACCUUUCGGCACCGGAACGAGAAACGCUUGCUGGAAUCCUGAAGCUCACCCCGACGCAGGUGAAAAUCUGGUUCCAAAACCGCCGUUACAAAUCGAAACGAAUCCAGAUCGAAAAUGCGGCGACAGUUGCUGCAACGGUUGCCAUCAAGGAUGCCGGGAAGAUGCCGGAUCCGGAUAAAUCUGGCAAAUCUCCGCUGGACUAUGGUGAGGAAUCGAUUGGCAGUGGUGGGUUCAGUUCCGGUUUUGGGUCGGUAGCCGUGGCUCCACCACCACCCUAUCCGGCUUAUGGCAUCCAGUAUAGUUCCGGGGAACAGUACGGCCCUUCCUCGAACCCGUACUACGAACAGAAAGGUUAUUGGUAGAAAAGUGCCCGUAAAGUUAAUGAAAAAUCACUAAACUAGCUUUAUUUGUAAAUAUGAACCAAAGUGCAGUUUAAACCAAAGAAGUGCCAAAGUUUUAUUGUUGUACUAGUAAAUUUAGUUGAAUAGAUACCAGAUUAUGAAUAAAGUUAAGCAUGAA